AUUCCUCGCUCCUCCUAACCCUACCCUAGCAAAUCGUCCAUUCCCAUGCCGCCGCUCCUCCCUCCCCCCUCUCACGCCGCCACCACCGCCCCCUCUCCGGCGAACUCUCCCUCCUCCCAAUCUUGAAUCCAACAAAGGGAACCUGUGUCCACCAUCUGUAGAUGAAGAAGAAGCACGUGCACGAGCAGCAGGCGAGCCUUCCCCAUGACCAUGACUGCACGCAGCAGGACCACUCGCCGCCGACCGGCAACCAAGGCCGCGACGGCGAGGCGCCGCCAUUCCCAUCCACCGAGGAAGCGUCUGAGCAGCAGCAGCCGCCCGGGGUGGAUCUUCCUGAGGGCGCCAUCGUCGAGAUCCUGUCCAGGGUGCCCUACAGGUCGCUCUGCCGCUUCAAGUGCGUGUCCAAGCCAUGGCUGGCCCUCUGCUCCGACCCGAAUGUCCGCAAGAGGUCGACGCAGACCCUGUCCGGCUUCUUCUUCAUGGACCGUGGCCGCUUCAAUUUCCGUAACUUGUCUGGAAAAGGCCCCCCUUUGGUCGACCCUUCGCUCCGUUUCUGGCGCGGGAUCUACGACUGCUUCGCGGUCGAGCAGUGCUGCGGCAGCCUCCUCCUUUGCAAAUGUUUGAAAUCACGUCACAAGGAAGACGAAUGCGAUUACGUCGUCUGCAAUCCUAUGACAGGGCAGUGGACUGUGCUGCCUCCCAUAGUAUGGCUGGACGAAGAGGAUGGUGCUAUGACGUACUUCGAACCGAUAAGGGACAUCUUCCUGGGUUUCGACGCGGCAGCUCCGUCCCGCUUUCUGGUGUUUGUGCCCCUGACCAACUGUUUCUGUGAAUUCACAGAGAUGGCCAUCUACUCGUCGGAAACCGGACGCUGGAAAAAGGUGCAUAGUGAGUGGGGUUACAAAACUAUUCUGGUUGGGAAUUCAGAAUGCGUCUUCCUCAAUGGCACCAUGCAUUUGGCUACCCAUUAUGCUUUAGUAGUCACCGUCGACGCGGAGGGGAAGGUUUGGAGGGAAAUUGAAAUGCCUGAGCACUCGCCAGACUCAAAUCAGUUGGCUUCCAUUGGGAAGUCCCAAGGACGCCUGUAUGCGUGGCAAAUUGAUGACGAUCAUGAUUGCCAACUCUAUGUGUGGGUUCUUGAAGAUUAUGGUGCUGGAAAGUGGACCCUCAAGUAUACUGUUGGCGUCUCAGAGCUGUUCGGGAGGCAACGUGGCAAAGAUGACAUGUCCUAUAAGGUGUUUGCGAUUCAUCCAGAUUGUGAUUUGAUUUUCCUUACCGAUGAGGAGGAGAUGGCAGUGUCUUAUGAUAUGGAGAAUCAGAAAGUCAAUUUUACCUGCACUUUUUCUCAAGAAUUCGAGGAUGUUCUACCGUACGUCCCAUGUUUUGCGGAAUGGGCUUCAGAUGCUCACUGAAAGUACUACAUGCGGCUUAGUGUACUUAGCGUGGCACUUCAUAAAAAGCGGUUAUUGGGUAUUGGACAUGGCCUAAUCUUCUUGUUUUGUGGCACUGGAUUGGAUGUGUCCUAGCGUCUAUGUCUGCUUCAGUUUGAUCUUCCCAUCUCUUUGUGCCCUGAACUUCUAACGGGUUUUGUGGCUUUGAACAGUGCUGGUUAAGCAUAGAGAAUCUGCAAGGGACCCUUAAUUGGUCAUUAUUGUCUUA